AGAAAUGAGUUUAUUUGUUACCCCUGUGUUAAAGAGAUUGGGUUAAACUAGAGUUGGGCACAGACUACAUCCUGGCACUUUAUUUUCAAGCACAACAGGACCUCGGAGUGUCGAAGAUGUUGAACGGGUGAAAUAAAAUGAAGGAAACUCCUAACCUAUCGCCCUCUGCUCGCGUGAAGAAGUGGAUACACUUCACCUUCUUCCCCCUCCUUUGUUCUCUCUCUCUCUCCUUUGAGUCUCCUGCUAACUAACGGUGUGUGUGUGUGUGUGUGUUUGCUGCAUGUUGCCAUGGCUAUUCCUGGAGCCUGAUGCACUCUGUUACCUUCCUGUGAGACCAACUAACUCUGGGUGCUGCUGUGUUUGUGUGUGUUUGAAGAUCUUUUCAGUGCAUAUGAGAGAGAAAGUUGAGGUGCUGACUGAAUGUGUUUCUUGUCUCCAGGCCCCCAGCAGCCUCCUGGAGGCUUUGGAGCAGCACCUGGCCUCCCUGGAGGGCAAGAAGACGAAGGAGUUAAACGCAGACACUAGGGCGUCCACCCUGUCCAGCGCCGUCUCGUCCCUCUCCUCCACCGGCAUGUCCUUCAGCCGGAUGGACGAGAAGGAGAAGCAGCAGGCCCUGGAGGAGGAGCAGGCCCGACUGCAGGCUCUCAAGGACCAGCGCCUGAAGGAGAUGGGCAUGUCGACCCCCCCCUCCGCCUCCCCAGCAGCCAGUCGAUAGGCAGUGCCAACAACAACCACCACGUCACACACACCCCGGAGCUGUUCACGUCCACGAUGUCUGCCAACAGUGUGCCCAAUCUGAGCAGUGACCUGUUUGAUCUCCAGCCGGCCUUCAUCCCCGCCGUGCAGAGCAACCCUUCAAUCUCCACUGCCAACAGUGCCUGGGGAGGAAUGGAGAACCAGCAGACCACCAUGACUGUAGAUUUCGAUGCCGUGUUUGGGAAUAAGACGGCGCCCAGUAACAACGGCACACAACCUGCAGCCGGUUUUGAUGCUCUAGGAGACGUGUUGAAGCCUACGAUGCCCACACACAACGCACCUCUUCCUCCUCCUCAAAUGGCCAUCCAUCACGGAGGGAAGCUGCUAGCCAACGACCUCGACUCCUCUCUGGCCAACCUCGUGGGCAAUCUGCAGUUUGCUGGGACCCCAGCCAAGAACUCGUCCCUCUACAGGCCAGAGAUGCAGUGGAACCAUCAGGGAGAGAAGAAGCUGACGGGAGGACACAACUGGCACAAUAAGACCAUGUCGACCACUCAGUGGGGUCCGGGUCCCAUGGCCCCCCAGCCCAUGCCUGUACAACACGUGGCUCCAGCUCCCAUGGCUUUUCCCAUGAACACACCGCAAGUGCCUGUGUAUGGAAUGGUCCCUCCCCAGAUGGGUCACAUGGGGGGGGUUCAGGUGAUGGCUCCUCAGCCGAUGAUGUACAACCAGCCGGUCCUCAGACCCACAAACCCCUUUGCACCCAUGCCCGGAGCCCAGAUGCAGUUUAUGUAAUCCACUCAGGGGGGGGAAGCAGAGUGCCAAAAAGCGACAAACAAACAGCAGAAGAAAACACACAUGAGGAACGAUCCGAUGGACGAGCUAAAACGACUAAGAGACAGACAGACAACAAAUAACAAACCGACACCGAAAACACAAGUUGGAAAGCGGAGGGGAACACGACCGGAAAGAAGAUGGAGGGAUGUGUUGGAGGAAAUAUCAUCCUUGUUGGUCAUUGUCUGAAACAACUGUGUGUGUGUGGCUUCUUUCUGUCUAUUUUGUGUUUUCAAAUCAUAUCGAUGGAGUGAUUGCUUCAGGAGAGGGAAUAGGGAUGUGAAGAAAGAUGGCGGAGUAGAGAAGAGGGAAAUCCUACCUCUGAGAAAGUCUCUGCUGCAGAAUUAGCUUUAUUUCAUACUGGUGCUAUUUUGUCCUCUCUGGGUUACUGUCUGCCUGCAACGGCAACCUGGGAGCACUUAAGGGAGGACAGGUGUGUGUGGAAGUGUGUGUGUGUGUACUUGUAGUUGUUUCAGACAAUACCUUCACAACCGACCUCCUCUCCAUAGUCUUUGUUCGCUGUCUGUGACCACGACCGUCCAAUCAGCGAGGCAAACCUUCUCGAGUGUGUUUCCCGUAAUUUUCCGCUCUGUUGGGGAUAUCUGUGUAUUUUUCUUCUGCAGCCUCUCCUGAAUGUUAUCGGGGCUUGUACAGCAAUUUGUUGAACCAUUUGUUAAUAGUAGUUGAGCGUUUGUUGUUAUGGGUUUUUAAGCUUAGGUCUUUGUUACUCAUACUGCAUUAUUUUCUUCUCCCUAAAGUACAGAUACACACAGAGCGACUGGGAUUAGCGGUGAUAACAUGUUAGCACGGCGUCUAAAUUGUCUGUGAACCAAACAUCUUAAAGCCUAGUCACGCAAGAGAGUGAUGCAGCAAAAUUCAUCCGUGCUUUACUGAGAAAUGUGGUUUUGAAAGCAUGGUGGUGUCGUAAAUCCUCGCAGGACUACUAUAGCUGGCAGGCUAACGGCUAACACCUUGUUAGCUAGUGCUAGCGGCCACAUUUACUCAUGUGCUUCAUUAUAUCAACUCAACUCUGUGGUCCCUUUUGGCAUUUUAUUCUAGUUAUUUAAUCAAAUAAAAAGUUAUUAAAAAGGGGAAACAAAUCUCUCAAAGCUAGCUAGCAUUCAAACUGUCAGUUAGAAAGUGUGUUAGCUUGAUUGCUAACAAGACAAGUAUGACUUGACAUAUUUUGGUCUAUAAAUCAUCCCUCUUUCCAGAAAGUGAUUAGCCAGACAAAGUGUUACACCUUUAUCUUGACACAUGUUGGCUCCUGUAACGCUCAGUAGAACGUAAAAUAAAACACAUUUUAUUGUAUUAUUUACGCUAAAGCCACUACGAAUUGUUAACUAGCAUCAUUAGCAUCGUGUUAGCACCCCUUGUUGAUCUCUGUGUAUCUGUUCUUCAUGUCCUCAUCAGCUGACCAACAAGAUUCAGACAUCAAAGGUUUCUAGAAAUAAGAGCUUUUUCAUUUGCUACACCUUAUUAUUGGCAGAUCCACAUUAUGUGCCAAUUAUUGAUGACAGCAGCACUGAGUGAGGGAUACAUUUUAUUGAAUCGAGUUGAAUUCACUUUAAAUUGCACUGAAUCAAAGUGAGUGCAACUCCGUCUGCACGAGAGCCAUAACAACACUGAACUUUUGGCACCGCUCCGUGGCUCCAGGGGAUCAAAUCUGUGUAAGAAGUCAUAACCAUUCUUUAGCCAAAGCAUCCGUCACCAUGAGUUCGACUGUCGGUCUUUACAAUGCUUUUUGUGUGCGUGUUCACGUGUGUAUGUUUUCCAUUGAGGGCUAUUUCUGAGGGUCAAAUUGUGUCAGAUUUCGAGCCAAAUUUGAGCCAGCGAGUUUGACACAAAAUGUGCUUUCUUUUUUUGUUUUUGUCAAAUCUAAAUUUUGUUGCAAAAAUGUUGCACUGAAGUGACUAACCUGCCGCAAGAGGAGCUGUCGCCAGAUGUGGUGUGAAAAAGUUGAGAAAGAGAUUUGAAGUUUGUAGAAAUCGUUUGAGGUUUUACAAAUAACACGUUUGUUCUAAUCUACCGGCCACUUUGGCGGGUAGCAAAAAUAAUUUUUCCUGCCAUUCUAACAACGAACUUGAAACUUUUUGUAGUCCCAUCCCAAAUCCACAUCCCAGUGAUAGCUCACCAUCUUCACCAUCUCGCUUCAGCCUCUCAACUCUGUCUAGUUGGUCUAUCUCUAGAAUGCUUUUUUUAGCCUGCUUCGUCACUGUUUGGUAUGUGUAGAUAUGUACAAAAAAAAAUAGUAAUAAAUAACCAGUUCCUGUCUAGAUUGUCUGCUCCCACCCAUCACUGUCGCUGUUGGAUAGAUAUUGCUCUUAGACGCUUCUUGUCGCAGUCUUGUGUUAGCUUAGCCUCUCAUAGUAUCCUCCUUAUAGAAGAAGUAGAUUUCCCACCGUGUCCUCCCCUCUGCCAGUGUCUAGUAUCUAUAGCUCUAGUAUCUCUCUUGGUGUCUCUGUCCUUUAGCUGUAGACUUUUCGUAGGCUCUCAGGCUUUGUGGUUCGCUUUGAGUGCGCUAUUUUCUUCUCGCUGUUAGCAUCGCUCCAGUGUCUGGUUAGAUAAGGUCAUCUUAUAUUUUUGUUUUUAUAUCUACAACAUCGGCCACCUCUGUCUCUCAUUAUGAUGUCAGCAGCCUACAAACUGUCUCCGAUUGGACUGUUGAACCCGAACAGCCAAUCGGAUUCUUGCAUAUGCAGGUUGAGUGACAAAUGGGAGACUUUUGUUGGAUUUCUGAAAGACAUGAAGCCAGUCAGGCAUGUCGGAUUGGAAAUUGGCUAACCCUGAAUGCUUUUUGAUUUAAGCAGCAGUUUGAAAGGUUAUCUGGUUAACUAGCCACUUGUAAAGUUCAUUCAAAAGUUUGGCAAGUAGCGAGGGAAUCACCUGGGAAGUCAAAGACAAAACACCUUUUAAAAAAAAAACUUGAACAAAAAUCUACUUUCUGGCGUUUAUCAAUACUCGGCUAAUUGGAUUCCAACUUGGACUCUCAUUAAACAAUUAUCUUAAUUGAUGUUAGCACUAAAAAAAUUAGCUCUAAUCACGGCUCUUUGUUUCAGGGACAUAAGGCAUUUGGAAAUGGGCAGUUUAGAAAGAGAAGCUGUUACCCGCCGUGUGGCACUGAUCCAGAAUCAGAUCAUCACCACCCUGGAUCUUAGAAACAGUUAUUCAUAUCAGGUCAGGGCGAUUCUUGAUGUUUUGUAAUUACCUUCUCAGAAUAUAGAUUUGAAAGACAGUAAAGUCUGUGCCAGUUGUUUGUUGGCAAAAUACCCAAACUCAAAUACGUUCGACUCACCCUGAAUAACUUGUUCCUUUUCAAUCUAAACCUGCAAUUUUGGUUUCUUCUUGGUCCCUUCUUCUUUCCUUUCUGUUUUCUAAACUUCUGCAUGGCAUCCAGUCCUGCCUGUUGCGAUGAGAUUGUCUUUGUCUGUUUGUCUCGAGUGGUUUUCAAAGUGUUCGUUGGAUAGAGAGCGUGGAGACGACUGUGGUUUUUGGUCUCGUAACAUUUUACUGGCUGGUGUCCUUAGGGUCGAUGUAAGUGCCGGUAAUCAUCACGGAUUUAUAAUGUAGGUCAUUUUCUUCAGUAUUUAUCCAGGGAGGGGUUUUGGCCGAGCAUGCGGGCUCGUUUUUCGGCAACUCCCUCCCUUUAAAAUUCAGACUUUCUUCACAUUUACAGCCGGGAGUUUCCCAGGACAACCACUGUUUCUUUUUUUGAUGUCAACCUUUGGGAUCAGACGUCGUGGUUUUCUCUCUACGUCAAAAAGCUGCUACCGCCUCUCUGCAUUGUUGUAGCAUGAAUCGAGGUGGAGAAGGAAACACGGAUAAACGUUGAUGUCAUAUUAAAACGUCUGUUCUCUGCUAAGGCCAAGUGUGUCAAACAUUCGGAGAGCAGACUCCUUUCUGGCGAGCGCAUGGUUGUAUCGUUGUUCGUUGUCCUUUUUCCGAAAAAGCAUGACAGUGAUGGUGAUGAUGAAGAUAAAUUCCCUCCUCUUGUUGUCCCCGUUUUUUAAAUGGUUCUUGAAAAAGGCGAAGGGGCGAGGUCGAUCAACAUUUCUCGACCGUUUGUUUGCCGUCCACGACAGAGACUGAAUCUGACAGACGUUUGUUCUGUCGCUAAACGAGCCACUGUAGCAAAAACGGAGCUCAAAUCUUUUUGUGUUACUUCUCCCAAAGAUGUCACAUUUCUUAUCUGCAGCACAGAUUUCCGGUUUCUCAAAGUGGCGCCAUCUAGUGGUCGCCCAAUGCGUUGCAACCGUGUAAAAAAAAAACACAAAAAUGAACCGAAACAGAGAGGCUGUUUAACAGAUACAUUGUCGUCCGUGUGUUGAAUCAAAGAUCUCUUGUGCACGUUCUGUUUUUUCUACAUCUGUGUUUUUUGGUAAGAAACCCUCGGAUUGCUGCCUCACUAUUCUGUAUAUAAAGAAACACACACACUCACAACACAGAGCUUAAACACAUACUCUCAUAAUCUGCAAUUAUUUUUUAAUCUACUCUUUAUUUUUUUGAAAGAUAUUAGUGUUAUUACAGCAGUAUAUAGGUAUGAUUACUCCUCCGUGGGGACGGGACGAACAGACAGACGACGCAGGUUUUCAGGAUCAGCCAUGAAUUCUCAAUGAUGCCAAAUGUUUUUUGAGCAGAGUACAAUUUUUAAUCUGUCUCCCUCGCUUCUCUGUCUCCCCCCCCAUCCCCCAUCCCCCCCCCCCCCACAUCUCUUUGUACAUUUUUUCUAUUUAUUUAAAGCAGAAUUAUAUGGAUUGUAUCAAGCAUGGAAAGGCAAAAACAGAUGUUACAGUUGACAAAAAAAUCACAGGCUUUUAUUUUACAGCAGUAUAUUUGUUUAUUCUAGGGAUCUGUUUUCUCUCUUUUUUUGGAAGAAAUAAAAAGUCAUUUUCCAUUCCUAA